UGUGCUUGGUGCCAAGGGGUUAAAGUCACACCAAGUUCCUGAAGCCAGUUGCUUCCAAGUCAGAGUCUGGCUGCUGGCUGCGGUUAGUGGGAAGGGAUUUUGUUUUUUAAUAACAUUAUAAAUAGGGCUGUGUUCAGCUUGCUGCAUGCUCACUCUCCCUUCCACCUUCUCCCGCCUCCUCCUCCUCUUUCUCCUCUUGCUGCCGCUGCUCCUCCCUGCACAUCCAUCGCAGCUCUGUGGACAUGGACCGGUCGGGCUUCGUACUCAAGCUCUUCAGCUUGCUGCUAUGCCUACUGCCCAUUCUCCAGGCAUGUCCUCAGAACUGCCACUGCCACGGGGGAGACCUCCAGCAUGUCAUCUGCGACAAUGUUGGGCUGAGAAGGAUCCCCAAGGUAGCUGAGCAGACGCGGCUCCUCAACCUGCAGAGGAACAACUUCCCUGUCCUGCCGACCAACGGUUUCAGGGAGAUGAAGAACCUUGUCUCUCUCCACCUCCAGCACUCUCACAUCAAAGAGAUCUCCAGCGGAGCCUUCCGGGGCCUGAAGCAGCUGGUCUACCUUUACUUGUCCAACAAUGACAUCAGCGUCAUAAAGAUGGGGGCCUUUGAUGACCUGACGGAGCUCACCUACCUCUACCUAGACCACAACAAGAUCCCGGACCUGCCCAAGGGGCUCCUCUCCCCAAUGAUCAACCUUUUCAUCCUGCAGCUGGGCAGCAACAAGCUCCGAGAGUUGAGAGCAGGAGCCUUCCAUGGGACCAAGGACCUCCGCUGGCUCUAUCUCUCAAACAACUCUAUCAACUCCAUCCAGCCUGCGGCCCUGGACGAUGUGGAGAACUUAGCCAUAUUCCAUCUGGAUAAGAACCAUCUGACCAGCUACCCCGGGGCUGCCAUGAGCAAGCUGAGAGUGGUGGAGGACCUGAAGCUCUCAAACAACCCCAUGAAGAUCAUCCCGGAUUUAGCCUUCCAGUCCUUUGGGCGCUACAUGGAGACGCUCAGCCUGGACAACAUGGGCCUGGAAAAGUUUUCAGAUAAAGCAUUUGCUGGCGUAACCACACUGAAGACUGUACACAUUGAGAACAACAAACUGUCCAGUCUUCCUGGGAACUUCCCUUUCAGCCGUCUUGAGACUCUCACCCUGUCAAACAACCCUUGGCACUGCUCCUGUCAGCUAGCACCUCUGCGCAGGUGGCUGGAAUCCACUCGAUCACGCCCUGAUGCAACCUGCACAUCGCCCUCUCCAGCUCGAGGACAGCAGAUCCGAGAUACCUCUGCACUCCGCGGUUGCAAGGUCCCCACGAAGAGGUCCAAGAAGGGAAGUCGCCAUUAAGCAGGCAAUUGAGGACCCAGGAAAGCUAGUCCAGGUGACUGGCUGCUUCAACCAAUCAGAAAACUACUGACUCCAUCCAAGCCCUUCAUCCCCAAGCAGCUCCACCCCUUCAAGAAACAUAUAUCUGGUAGCAACCACCUCUUGCUAUAUGAAGAUCGCAGAGUGGAAUCCACCAUUUCAUUUCCCCCCCUCUGUUAUUAUAUCUAUUAUUUUAAAAGAUUUAGUUGUUAACAAAAUACAAAACCUAAACAUAUGCAUGGCAGUGCUAAGACACAGCUAAAGUAGAUCCUGCUGGUAAAGUACACAGUCCUCUUUCUUGAUGCCAUUCAGCUACUCAGUUUGUCUCUGGGAUUUGCCUUCUAACAGGAUGGGAGUUAACAGAGAACAUUAAAAGUUUCUCCACAUCCCCAACGCAAUGAAUCCCUGAUUUUGCAUUGGAAACUUUGUACUUGAGCAGAACCUUAAAGUCUACCAGCAUGAGAACAUGAAUUCGGUGUGCGGCCUAUACUGUGAGGAAAGUUUUUUUGGGGAUAUUCUGAAUGCAAAGGUUGCAUUGCCUUCUUUUAAUAUUUGGCAUGGGUGCCACCUGGGUGGUGGUUGUCAAUAGGGGAGAAGCAAUGGGACAAAUGCUGGAAGAUUACUGGAAACAAGGCAUGGGGUGGAAAAGGGAUUGAGCACCAGUGACAUGUGAGAUGAGCGAUUCUCAGCUCCAUCUAUAUUGCCCAUCUGAACUGGUUUAAGAAUCGGCUUUCCCAAUGCAGGAAAACUUAAGACACUGGUGAGGAGUUCUGGGGAUCUCCAAUGAGGAAUUCUCAGCACCCACACAUGCCAAUAUUCCUUAGGGUGAGCAGUUAAAAUAUUGAUUUCAUAAGUGCAAACAUGGCCACAGACUGCUGUUUCCCUCGCAACCAGUUCAAUGUAAGAAAGAGACUGAAUCACCAACUAGAGGGCUGCAAUGGUUGUUCUGCCCUUUGCAAUGCCCAGUCAUUCAAGAAUUUGCCAACUGAUGUUUGAUAUCCCAUUUGAACUGCCAAAUGCAGAACCAAUGGACCCUUAUAUCCAAUUCCAUCUAGAUACUCUGUGUAGAAAAACAGACCGAAGAACAACAUUGCCCUAUGCUUUGCGGAAACAUGAGUGCAAUCCUGGGACUAUAUAAAACAGGGACAGUGAUUUGGGUCUUUAUUCUUGGUAUAGAUAGAUUCUCUCGCCCCCAUGCAAAUAGGGCAAGAAGGCCAUCAGGCUCUGGUAACAAAGUUAUCUUGGGAUUUUUGUGGUAAGGAUUUCACAACUUGCCCUUCAACCAUACAUGAGCGGCAACAAUGGAUUUAUUGGACAUCUUUGAGCUGGGAUCUCCAGAAUCUACCUAUAUGACAUAUGAGGUUCAGCUCAUAGAGAUGGAGCAUCUCUCCUGUUUGAGCCACUACCACAGUGAAUCUGUACUGAGGACUGCAGUUGUAGCAGUAUGGGUGAGCUAGCUGGUCACAAUGAAAAUAACAGAUUUUCCUCUCUAGGCUGAUCAGACUGAACAGAAAUCUAGGGUUCAUUGGAAGCGAAGCCCUUUUUUUACUUGGGGGAGGCAGGGACUGGUUCCUCAAUUACUGAUUUUCUAAUCACACACACACACACAACCAUUCCCCGAAAGGCAACUUGACUAUUGCCCACCAUUACUGAUCCUCCUAGUCAAUAUGCAGAUCCAAAAGGGGGUUGGGUGGCUUCUAGGCUGCACUCUUGGUUCAUGUUGAGCAAUGACAAAGCCUAAUGGAUUUGGACGGCAUGCCUUGCAAAUGGAGAUUGCGCCCCAGAAUCCUUUCUGCAUGCAAGGCUCUUGAGCCGAUUCACAAGGGUUCAUUGCCAGAUAAUGAAACAGAGGUGGUUUCUCUUAAGGAAGAUUGAAACCCGCUGUCCUAGAAGAACAAGAUAUCAUAAGGUGUGCGUAUAUAAAAUGGGUGGGGGUGGGAGGGGGAAGAGGACACAAAGGGAUUCUCAUCUGCCAUCCUGAAAAAAAGAUUCUUCCAUCCACCCUAUGACAUAAACAUAUAGCUGUUUGCAGCAAGAUGACUGUGGCUUAUCACCAUGGAUUUUACAGUACCACGAUUUCAAUUUAACUGCUUUUAUUUUUUUUAAUCCUGAAGGUUUAUAUAAAUAUAUAAUAUUUAUUCCUCUGUUACUGAGUGUAAAUGACUCCGAGAAGGAUUUUUUUUAAAGAAGAAGAAAAAACACACCAAGAUCCUCUUACUCUCAUGUAGAAAGCAAAUCAUAUAUUUUCUUAUGUACAACUUCUGUAUAAAGCUAUUGCUGCAAAGAU